AUGCAAAGUAAUAUUGUUGAAAUCAAAAAUCCACAGUUAUCUAAAACUAAAACUAAAAGUAAUAGAUAUAAACAAUGCAAUGAGUAUGGACAUAAUAUAAGGAGUUGUGAAAAGAAGCUAAAUAAAUCUGAAUUAGAAAACAGUAGUACAAAUUCAGAAUUAGAUAAUAAUGAAAAUAUAGUUAUCAAACAGAGAGCAGAAUCUAGUAGCAAUAGUUCAGAAUCAGAGAACAAUGAAGAUCUAAUGCAAAAAUGA